AUGAAAUUGGCACUUAGUAUUUAUGAUGAGGAUCCCGAGGAUGUUACGAAGCUGAAUUCUGCCAAGGAAGCUUCAGUAAUUCUUCAAGAAAUUCGUGCUCAACAAUCCAUUAUGUUGAAGAAAAAGUCAAGAAAUAAAUGGUUGAUGGAGGGUUCUAGUAAUACUUCUUUCUUUCAUGCCAAUAUUCGAACUCGCAGGAGCAAUAACAUGAUUUCAGAAUUGGUUGAUGAUAAUGGGAAUGUUCUCAUGGAUUGUGACCAGAUUAGGGAUUAUGCGGUUUCUUUUUUUGGGUCAAAAUUCAAUGAUAGACAGAGAAUGGAUGAUAUUCCUACUAUUGAAGAGAUGAAGGUUGUUGUUUUUGAUCUUGGCACUGAUAGUGCACCGGGACCUGAUGGUUUUUCUGGUUGCUUCUAUAGACAUUGUUGGGAAGUGAUUCAACAGGAUCUCUACAGUGCUAUUACUUAUUGUUGGCAGCAACAAAUGAUUCCUCAAGGUACUAAUUCUAGUCUUUUGAUUUUAUUAUCCAAGGUUAGAGGAGCCAACACUCUUCGUAACUUUCGGCCUAUUGGUCUUAGUAAUUUUUUAUUUAAAUUUUUUACUAAGAUCUUGGCUACAAGACUAGGUCGUGUACUUGAUAAUCUUGUUUCAGAAGAACAAGUUGCUUUUAUGAAAGGGAUAAAUAUUCAUGAAAACAUCAGUGUGGCCUUGGAGAUGGUGAAUGAUCUUAAAACUAAGCGGAAAGAUAGCAAUGUUGGUCUAAACCUAGAUAUUACUUAG